AUGGAUCCGAGGUCAUUGGAAACAUAUUCAUCCAUUGCCUAUCAAUGUUUGAAGAAAUCCCGUGAAAAACGACCAGAGAUGUAUCGUGUUGUGGAAGAACUUAAUAUUGCGCUUCGGUUUCAAGAGAAUUUUGAAGAGGCCAAACCACAAAUGAACUAUGAAGAGGUGCGUAAGUCAGCACAGUUUAAAAAAACGAAAGAGAUGUGUAAGACUGAGGUCCCUUCUCUAGCAUACAGAUCCGAAGAGGAAAUAGAAAUUCUUCUCUCUGAAGGAAUCUUCCUUAACCAGGGCAAAACGUGGUUUUGGUUAAAUAAGAAUGGAGAGCAUUGUGAAAUGAUAUCCGCAGCAGAGUGUUUCUAUUCAAUUACCAUUGCACCACAGUAUAUUGAAUUUUAUGCUAAGGAAAAAUCAAGAUUUACAGACCACAUGAAUACACAAAUUUGUUCGGAUUUCAAAAUACGUGUCAAAACACAAUAUUUGUCUCCACAUAUCACAUACGCAGUAAACCUUGUGUUCUGUUUAUACGACUCAGAUUCUACCAAUUCACACCUCGAGUACAUACUGGCUGGGGAAACAGAAUCUUCUAGUUUGUACUUAGCAGAUACGAGAGAAGAUGGAUGGUUGACAGCUGAAUUGUAUCAGUUUACUAGCGACAACAGAAAUGUUGAUCUUGAAAUUGCGUUUAAAUGUUGGAAUAAGUUGUUAGUAGAAGGCAUUGAGUUUCAGCCCGUGGAAAUAGUAAGCCAACAAAUUCUAGAACAUCAAGAAUUGGAGGAUGAGAGGGAGGUAGAUAUGCAGGAGGACAUGUCUCAUUCAGAUGCAUAUUGGAAAGAAAAAUUACCUAGUGAUUAUGAAACCAUAAUCAAGUGGUCAAAAGAUAAGUUGCAUUGGACAACAAAGAAGGAACUUUAUUCUAUUCUUUGCAAAGGGUUCCUUAUCCAGAUCCAAGGCGAAGAGUGGUUUUCUCUCGACAAAGAUGGGAAUAAAUGUAUUAUGCUACCAGCAACGGCGGCUUUGAAAAGAAAAAAGUGGAGUUGGCGAUAUUUACCCGAAUCAAGAUUUGAAGAAGUAGCUUUUGAUCCUACUUGUAGCUUUACUAUACGUUGCAAUACGUCCAAUAUAUUGUCAUCUGAAACAUGUUAUGGAGCUUACCUUGUUUACAAAUUACAAGAAAACCAUUCUGGAUUUGAGCCUCCUUUGAAAGUGUGGAGGACUAGUCAGUCAUUAUCAACCUCACGAUAUAUCUAUUUGAUUAGUCCUCAAACUCCAAUCAUUAGACGAAAGGCUUAUGAAAAUACUCACAACCCAUUGAAUAGACCCAAAAUAAAAGGCCUUCCACAACAAAGGAAAGAUGGUUGGAUGGAGGUACAAAUAGAUGAACAACUUACACAAACUCCCUCGAGUUUUGUAAAACUUUCAAUCAACUUUCCCAUUGACCAAUCGCUUAAAGGGCUUAUUGUGCAAGGCAUUGAGUUCAGACCUUGUAAUUAGACACAAAUUAGUUGUAAAAGGCUUUCUUAUGCAUGAAUGGUUGGGCAUUAAAAAAGGGUUAAUGACCUAGAAAGGUAAUGAACUUUGGUCUU